CUUAUUAAAUAGAUAUAAUGAAAACGAAAGAAUCGAUUGACAAACAUGCUAAAUUAGUGUUAUCUCAAUCCGGAGCUAAAGACGGGAAGCACUCUUACAAUUUAGCGCGUCUCUACUUUGAAGCUCAUUGUUACGAUGACGCCAAAUCGCACGUGAACGCAUUCCUCCAGUCCAUCGGAAACUCCGAUUGGCGAGCUCACAAACUACUAGCCGACAUUGAAUUAGCCGAAGGAUGUGAACAAGACGCUCUUCACACGUAUAAGGAUGUACUGAGACUGCAUCCAGACUGUAAAGAUGCGUUGCUGAAGGUGGCAUUUUUGACUGCAAAAUUCAACCCGGUUGAGCAGGCCGAAAAGUGGAUGAAGGAGAUUGAAAAGAGAUACCCUUGCGAAGGAAAGUUGAGUGACAUCCGUGACCUCGUGAACAGUCGCAAAUCUGGCAACCAUCUAACUCUGUUGAAACAGAAGGCGGUCCAGUGUGGAAAUGACGUUGAAGCGCAGUGCCAACUGCUGAACGAACUUGUCAACUCGGGCCAAACCCGACAGGCAUUCGAACAUGUAGUCGAGAAGUUCGGACUGUUCAAUAGGUCCCUUCAGUGGCAGAGGAUAUGCGAGGUUGUGUUAGAGAACUUCAUGGCCACAUCUCCCAAUUCAGAGCGGGAGAAGAUAGGAAACUUCAUGAUUCUAGUCACCUACUACCGUCAGAUUCUGCUCACAGCUGCAACCGCACCUCUCAACUCUACCAAGCUCCUCAUUCAAAAAUUUGACAGAGGUCUGUUUCGAUUUGUAUCUGGCUACGGAGUCAACAAAUUAGACGAUUCUUCCGAGCUAGCUUGCUGUGCGAAGGAGAUGUCGGCCUGUCUUUUGACAGCAGUUGCCUUAAUCAUAAACAAGAUUCUUCUUCAGAAAACGUUUUCACUUGCAUCUGUAGAUAUGCUACUCGUCAGUUUAUGUAAAACUGGACUGUCGUUGCAACCACAUAAAUUGAGUCUUUACUGGGUUCCCAAUAGCUUCAGUUUCAAUUCAGAAGGAACUUCAGUAAGCUCUUCGGCUCAUUUCGACCUGAAACCGAGAACUAUUUGGUCAGCUCUUGGCUGUGAACGAAUGACGUUUUUAAGUCACAUUUGGAACGCAGUCAAAACUGAACGCAAACUAGAUUCGUCAACGAUGAGUAGUUGUAAACUAGGAGCUGUUAGAGACCAACUUCUGAAUACAGUUUACUCGGCAAAUUCGCAGACAAGCAGCUCGUUUUUGGCUUCAUUUUUGCAUUUGUUGGAACCCUUUUACCCGAACUUGAACGAAAUAGAUCACACGUAUAACUUGACCUCUAAUGACCUCUACGUGAAAGAGUUUUUCAAACAGACUUGUGAAAGUGUGGAAGGGGUUUCUUGGAUACUUCUGAGCAGAUCUGGUUUCCCUGGCCAGAGAAAUUUGGGAAGUGAGAGUUUGAAGUGGAUGAUGAGCGACAAGUUGCCGUUAAGUGUGGAGCUAAACGCAAACAGAGUUUCAAAUCUUGAUCUGCAGGCCUUUGCACUGGCAACAAGCUUCUGGGUAGGCGAACAUGUUAAGUACUACAAUAAACUCAGCCCUUUCUUGCCAUCGCUGCCUCUUCUGUGCUCAGUCGCAACUCAAGAACAGUCACAUUUCUGGCGCAGUCUCUUAGGAGUGGAGGGAAGAUCGUCGGGAGAGAAAUCGACAUCGGUGGCAUCAGGCGGGGGCACUCCUAAUAAGGGGCGAAACGUGAUUCAAUCUCUGCAACUGAUUCGAGGAGUGGUGCCUGGAAUGCCGACUGCUGUUUUGGUUUCGUUGGCUAAGAGUUUCCAGAAACUUAGUGAGAUUUCUGAAGACAGUGCUUGGUCGGAUAUCUACAGGCAGAGGAGUGUACACUACUGGGAAAAGGUGUUGCCGACCAUCAAAAACAUCACCAGAGGUCAGUCUAAUAUCAUGGAUGUGGAGCAAGAGCGAAACAACAAACUGUUUCCAGUAUCCGUUCUGCCUACCCUCAGAGAACAAGAUGCGGCUAAACUGUGUGAUGAAGGGUCCCUGUUUGUGGCUGCAUGGUACAGGUCACAAGGAGAUCUAGACGCAUCCUUGACAUGUUUGAGGAGAGCAGAUUCGUCAUUGCAGAGAUCACCCCAGAGCGCAAUUAUGAAAGCAGAAGUUUUACACGACAAGUCCAUGAAUGACAACCUUGAAGACCGAGACAGUCAGAGGGAACUGCUGAACACCUCGAUGGGUGAGAUCAGCUCCAUCCUGAAGAGACGAGACCUCCCAGUCUCGGUGAAGAAGGAGGCGCAGAAACAGCUGAACAAUGUGGCCAACAGACUGACUGAAUUGGACAGGCUGGAUGAACUGGAUCAUCAAAAUGCAGCUACGACUGCUUCUUGGUAUGGAGACGGAAGUUUUGGUGGCAGAGGAACAAAGAAUUCUGAAAUAUCUGCUAAGUUAGACUCCGUAUCUGGUGAACUUUCCGAACUGAAUACAAACAUACAAGCCAUGACUGGAGAACUGAGGACUCUGCAUUACAACUGGAACGACAGUAUGCGAGAAAUGAAUCUAGCAAUGAAGAAGUUAGUCGAGCUCCAAAUCAAUUCCCAAAUGAACCGACCUUCGAACUCAUCUCAAGUCAUGGUUCCACCUUCACAGCACCCCAUUUUGGUUCCACCCCAAAAUUCAAUGUUAGCCAAUCAGAUGCAAAUGAUGCCUGGUCAAAACAUACCUGCUAAUGUAAUGUUUCCGCCACCGCACAUGUCGCAAUUUUUGCCACCCGGAGCGGCCGACGUUCCUCCGGCGCCAUCGGGUAUGCAGUUUCGAUCUCCAGUGGCGCCUGGGAGUUCCAUUGGAACUCAUUCUAUUCCGUCUAUGGGAAUGGUUCCUCCAGCGCAAUUUCCAUCAUCAGGUAGUACCAUUGGACCAAGUAUGAUGCAGCGAGUAAUUCGACAACCAAUUGUAUCCGAGAAACAGUCUUCGCUAGUUUCUGAAACUGAGGGUCACGGUUCGAAUCCAAUACUGGCGGCUUUGCUCAAACCCCCCAGUUCGCAAGUUGAGCUUAAGUUAAGCCAACAAUUUCAACCGCCUAAAUUGACUUCAACAGUGGAGCAUACCCAGGAUUCGAUUCCAGCAGGUUCAAAAGGAAUCGCAAAUGCGGGAUCGAGAUUAGGAACUCCGCCUAAUAUUUUAACUUCAACGCCUAAGUUGGCUUCUGGGAAAAUUGUUGGACAAUCCAAUUUGGGUACAUCUACAAAUCCUCUUACUGUUGUAGGAUCAAGCUUGAAUCCAGCUGAUAAUUCAGAGGGAGCUGGAAGUUCGAAAAAGUCUCUAUUUUCGAGCUUGCCUUCUAAUAAACCAGAUACUGUGAAUACAACAUCCGCACCUCAAUUUUCAUCUCUUUUUGCGCCAAAACCAACCCAAGCUGGAUCUGCAGCUACAGGAGCUACCCCGCCUUUCAGUUUCAACCCGCAAGUGAAAUCCACGGCCGCGCCUUCAAGUAACUCGACGUUCAGUUUCAAAAUGUCAGCUCCUGUGGUAUCUUUUGCGACACCGGCUAGCGUCUUCUCUCCAUCCACCGCAUCUUCGUCGGGACAAUCAGCAGCUCCGUUGUUUACAGGAUUCAGAGGGUUCCAGCCUGUCAACCACAUGGCUUUUCAAGAUCAGUCUAAACCUAGUUUGGGUACAUCGGCUUUUGGCAACGCUUUGAGUACGUCGCCAAGUAAAGCGGCGAAUGACGCUGUAAAGAACAUCAUUGGCUCAACGACAAAACCAGAAGACAAAAAUGAAAACGGAGUGAAACCAGGAGUGCAGUCGGUCCCGGGAACAUCGCAGUUUUCGUUCAAGUUCAAUUUGCCUGCGGCAGGUAAUGCUGAUAGUUCGAUACCUGGUAAACUGUCGGCGACUCCUGAAAAGAAACAGCCAGAGAUCGUUCCGAAUAAUUCACCGGCCGUCGUUCCCGCGGCGAGUGUCCCGAAGAAUGUCGUCGCGUCGCCAGGAGCUAAUAAAGAAGGGGAUGAUUCGAUUCAUGAUCCUCAAUUUGAACCGAUUGUGCAUUUAGAUAAAGUUGAAAUUAAAACAGGAGAGGAAACUGAAAAAGCAGUUUUUGAAGAACGAGCCAAACUUCUGAGGUUUGUGGAGGGCGAAUGGAAGGAAAGAGGAACCGGCGAGAUGAAAAUUCUGAAAACGUGUUCGGAAAAAGGCGCAGCUCUGAAGUACAGAAUCGUAAUGAGACGUGAUCAGAUUAAAAAACUAUGUGCGAAUCACGUGAUCACAGAUGAAAUGUCUAUCAAAGUUCAUCCGAGUAAUAAUAAAUCGCUAGUUUGGAUUGCGAAUGACUUUUCGGAAGAGGAAGAAAAAUUAGAACAGCUUUGUGUGAGGUUUAAAACUCCGGAAAUUGCGCAGAAGUUCAAGACAGUUUUUGAUGAGGGAGUUGAAGUUUACAAGCAAAGAAACGGCGCUUGCAGUACUGUGGAAACAAAGGUUCCAAAAAGUGCUGAAAACAAAAAUGUCGACAAAACAACCGACGAAGUUGAAAAGCCGAAAGAAAUCAGCGAAAAUGUUGAGACGAAAGAGCCGCAAAAAGAUUUGAUGCAAGAAGAGAAAAAUAAAGAAAUUGUUGUGGAAAAUAUUGGACCGAUAGAUACAGAACCAGCAACCUCUCUUGGAUCCAAAAAUAGGUUGACUUUCUCAGCAUGUAAGAGAGAAUGGAUCUGCAGUAUAUGCAGUGUCAUGAACAGGUCAAACGACAUACUUUGUGCUGUGUGUCUUUGCGAUAAGCCAGCAGAUGCUAAAUGCAUUCCAACACAAGAUUCAUUUGCUGCCAAAUUUGGACUUCAGCCAGGACAGUGGAACUGUGACGCUUGCUUACUCAAGAACAACGCAGAUGCUGACAAAUGUAUAGCAUGCGAGACUCCCAAAGACGGAAAAACAGCCCCCGGCGGGGGCGGUGGAACUGGUUCGGACCUGUUCGGGGCAUCGAAGGGACCCGUGUUUAAAUUUGAUACUACGAAAAGUAACUCUUCAGGUGCGUUUAAAUUUGGUGCAGCAUCCACUGGCCAAACUUCUAGCUUCAAAUUUGGAGUUACUCCUUCUGCUACUAAUGCCGAUCCAAAACCCAGCGAAAACGACCCUCCCAAAGAUGACAAAGACAAACAAACCGGUUUGUUUGAAGGGUUCGCAGGAUUUGGAGUGCAAUCUAAUUCAAAUAAUAACAGCGCGCCUGUCUUUGGAGUUUCUGCGUUCCAGCCGACUUUUUCAACCAAUCAGAAUACAGAGCCACAAAGCUCAGCAGUUACAACAACAGCUUCGCUUUUUUCGACGACUGAGAGUUCCAAACCGACUUUAGGAUCUAGUUCGGUGUUCGGCAAGACUUCGGGAGCAACAAGUAGCCUCUUCGGAAGCGGAGCGGCCGGAGCGUCGUCGAGUAUUUUUGGGAAGUCGGCUUCGUCGUCACAGCCGGCAACGGGGAUGGUUUUCGGGAAGGGAGCGGGUCCAAUGGGCGCUGCGGGCUCAGUAUUUGAUCGACCGAAGAACGAGGAGCUGCAAACUGCGGAUGGUAAGCGAAGUGAAACUGAAGAGAUGAACGGAGGAGAAACUCAAUUAGUUUCUUGUUGUCCGGAGAUAACUGAUAUGUUGAACACUCUGACGAAAGAGGAGUCUGAGAAGUGUGGGGUGACCUUUGAGGAAGAGUGCGAGGAUGAGGACGAGAGAUACUACUAUCGAGAGGGAGAGGAGGGGGAGUAUUUGGAUGAGGAGGAUGAGUACUGUUAUGGGGAGGAUUACGAGGAACCCUAUGAAGGGGAGGAGGAGGGAGGAGAGAACCUAGACCCGUGCACAGAUUUGGAUACGAUUAUCACUACACCGAGGCAUCGAUUAGGAGCCGCGAUUUCAGCCGCUCAGUACAUAUCCCCAAUGGCUAGAUUUGACCCUAACCAAAGUGCUGGAACACCGCCUCAAGUAUCAUCCGUAUUUGGAGCCAAACCAAAAGAACCUCCAGCUUCAUCAUCAAAUGCAACAAACGAAACAGCAAACACAGAAACCGAGGAAAAUGAAAAAGACUUGGGCGAAAAUGAAGGAGAUGAAAUAGAAGUCGUGUUUUCUCGUUCUGAGGAUCCAAACGACGAGAACAAAGAAUUAGUGGAAAAGUUCAAAUUACCGCCUCUAUUUUACGACUCGCUUAACAAACCCGACUGCUCUGGAUGUGUUGGCUGUGGUGAUGAUCCAGCGACAACUAAUAUGCGUAUUUAUAAAGACAGCGAUAAAGUUACUAGUGAAGAAUCUGAAAAAGUUGCUGAAAAUGUGAAAACAUCUGGCGACGAUGAAGAAGGCGUGAAAUCUCUAGAUGCAAAUAAAACGAGUGGGUUUUUGUUCGGAAAUCAAGUCUCGUCUGAUUUUUCAUUUGCAUCACUUGCCAGUAGUGCAACUGCGCAAAGCGGUGCUUUCGGAGCAACACAGCCCGGAAAAUCCAGCAGUUUUACUCCGAAGCCUCUCUUCGCUGGUCUCAGCCUGGGAGGCGCAACUUCAUCCGCAGGUGGCGAGGGGGAUUCGAACCCGGGCGAGGAGAGUGGGAAUGUGGAAAACGAGGAGAAUGACAUUCACUUCAAACCAAUCGUGCAGCUGAGCAAAGUUGAGACGACUGGCAGUGAUGAGAAUGACAAUGAGACUGUGUUUAGUGCGAGGGCGAAACUCUUCAGGUUCCAAAAUGGGGAGUGGAAGGAGCGCGGGGUGGGGGAACUGAAAGUGCAGAGGUAUAUUCCGAAGAAUGUGGGUCGUGUCAUUAUGCGACGAGAUGCGAUUUUGAAGCUGUGUGCAAACCACAGCAUUUUUCCUGACAUGGCUUUGGCUCCGAUGCCAAACAGCAGUGGAAAGGCAUUCGUUUGGUCAGCCACAGACUUCUCUGACGACACAGAAGGCUCUAUCGAGAAACUGUGUGUGAGAUUCAAGAAUGCAGAGUUGGGAUCCCAAUUUGAAGAGAGUUUCAACAAGAUGAGAGAACUGACUCAAACUGAAUAGUUACAAUCAGAAAUGCAGACGGCGUUUUGAUGGAUUUCAUUUGAUGUAUACUUAACUGAACUCAACCAAAAUUCUUUUGAAAUAAGUGUUGAUUUUUUUUCUGUUUUUUUUCAUGCUGUGUAUUUGCUUGAUAUAAGGGAAUGGCAGUUAAAUUGAUUGAUGUGUGCAUAUUGAAUGGGAAGUAAUACGCUUCCGUUAACGAUGCAUUUAAUUUA